GUUUAUUUACCUUUGACCUAAAUAAACAUCAACAAUGACCUGAAAUGGCGACAGAUGAAGAGAUUAUUUUUGAGGAUCAUCUGUAUAAACUAUCCGGAAAUAAGGGAAAGGGAUUUUGGUCGAAGAGCAAUCCCUGGAAGCAGAAAUAUUUCAUUCUUAAAAAAAUAGGAGAUAGACCAGUUCUAGAAUAUUAUAACAAAAAACCUAAAAGUAAAAAUUCAAGUUCACCUAAAGAUAAAGUAGUGCUAUGGCCAAGCUACAGAUUAGAGAAAGUGACCAAUACUCGAAACCGAGCCUAUGUGUUCGAAGUGACCACUCAGGACAAAUAUUUGUGUUUGUCAGCAGAUGAGCAAAGGAGCAUGGAUAUAUUUGUCUUUAUUCUGCAGAGUCAAAUGCAGCUCAAGAAACAAAUCAAAGAUGAUAUGAUCAUUGUUCAGCCAGAAAACUCAGAAUCUCAAAGAAGGAUUGGUGCAAAGGGAACAAACUGUAUUCUACAUGUAGCACCAUGGGGGAUAACUCUAGCAUUACAGAGUACAAGAUCUGUUCUGGCCCAGUGGCCACUGAAGAGUGUGCGGUACUUUGAAGCAGGUGGUCAGGGAAAGUUUAUGUUGGAGGCAGGGAGGGUUGCUCCAAUGGGGGAUGGCAUGUAUGUCUUCCAGACCCAGAAAGGCAAAGACAAUUACAUCUAUGACUUGUUGGAUCAACAUAUUGUUAAUGCUCUUAGCAAAACACAGCCCAGUCGCCGAGGAACAACAGAAGAGAUGGAGGAUUAUAUAGUGGAAUCGGAGAAGUUAUCUGCCCUUACCACAAUAUCACCAGUAACCGUUAUCCAACCAGAAAUUGUCAAAAUUCUCCAGGAGAACUGGAACUUUAUAUCUGUAAAUGCUGGAAUCCCCAAACCAAAGCCAGUUGUUCAUGUCAGACAAAACAGCCAAAUGUCAGACACGGGCGCACCUCCUCCUCUCCCAAAUCGACUUCCAGCACAUCCCCCGCCAAAUAGUCCAAAUCAUCACAGAUCACCUGCUCAAGUAGUCAAUCAUGGAUUUCACAACAGUGUGUCUGACUCUUUGCUGGAACGACCACCAAUGCCACCUCCAUCACCAGCUCGCUCAUCCACCAGAUCUUCCAUACCAACUGACCGAGACUCUCAGACCAAACCACUGACCAUACCAGCUGGGAAUGCAAGAGUCAGUCAACAUGGUCAAGCAUACUUUCGGAUGAAUUCUAGCUCAAGCAGUGGAGUACCUCACAGCAUUUCAUCACAGUUUUCACCCAUUGGAAACUGGACCCCACCUCCAACAUUUCAGGAGGCUACUGCUUAUAGUCUUAUGGAUGGAAACUCUACUUUAAAUACGCAAGGUGGAUAUCUUACUCCAAGGCACAGCGGAGAAGUGGAGGCAAACCAGAGCUCAGGUUAUCCAGAACAGUAUAUUCUACCGACACAUGAACAAGAUUCAGCACAAUUCAGUAGUCUUCCUAGAUCAAAACAAAGGAGAAAUUCCAAUGAUAGACAAAGAACAACUAAGUAUAGACUAAGGUCCUCAAGCUGUGACCAGUUAGACUCUUACAAUUUAGAUUCUGCUAUGUCAGAGUCACCCAGAAGGAGAAGUGUGGAUCAGGGAGGAGAUAGACCUUAUGAUCUUGCCAAACCCCAGGCGCCAUUUCGAAAUCUGCACAAUUUUAGAGGUAGCAUGGAAAUGAUCAAUGAUAAUAGGCGAGGGUCUAUGGAGCAUUAUUACAAUAUCAAUGGGUUGAAGGGAACUGUAGAUGCUAGUCCAAAUCCUUCUGUUGGUGAAGUGAGAAAGAGGUUCAAUGAUGUAGCUCGAGAGGACACUCUUACUAGAUCUAUUUCAAAUCCCAACUUCAUGCAAAUCAGUACAAAAGACAAAUUCAGUGAUGCAAAAGCAUACCCUAGCAAGCUGGAUAGCAAACGUAAAAGUAAAUCUUUGUUAAACUUAUUUAGGAAAUCCCGUGAUGGAAAAGACAGAAGAAGUGUUGGGAGUAGUAGUAAUCCCAGCAGUCCCGUAGGAACAUUAACCAGACAGACUAGUAUCCCACUCAUUAGUAUAGGAGGGAAAGAUGUUUACUUCACCGAGAGAUCCCGCUCAUUUAGGAAACCCAAGAAUAAAGGUACAGAUAGCGCAGAAAAUACUCCCCCUAACAGCAGACAUAACAGUUAUAGUAAGGCAUCUGCCAGAGAUUUGCCACCAUCUGGAAGCAGGCAUAGCAGUGCAUCCAAGUCACCAGCAAUAUCUAAAAAAGAUCUCCCACCCUCUGGUAGUCGAUAUACAAAAUCACCUGCAGCAAAUCGUAGAGACCUUGUGAAUACAGUGUCACCCCCACUACCGAAACGAGAAAGGUCUUCCUCUUAUGUGAAUGUGGUUCACUCUCGCUCAGGGAGUGACAUUUCUAGUAACACAGGUAGUAAUAGCAUAAUCCACAACAGAUCUGGGAGUGACAUAGGCAGCAGCAGUGUAGGAAGCAGGCACAGUACAGAGAUGAGGCAUAGCAGCAGCAGCAGCAGUAAAGCUGAAACUGUCUGCUGAUUGGUUAAAAAUAUCUAUCCUGUCAAAACCUGAAUUAGUCAUUGUAGUGUCAGCUCUAUUGUAUAUGUAAUUUCUUGUCUUAAUUAUUAAUAAUCAUGUAAAUUUUCAAAAUUUUACCAAUUAGUACAUAUUUUAAUUAUAACAAAAUCAAAAUAUUAAUUUUACGCAUUUGCUAUGUACAUGAGUAUAUCUCUUUCUUGCCUAUAGCUGUAUAUCUGUGUACAAAGUUUUGAUAUAGUUACUGUAGUUGUAGAAUGAAUGAAUUUGAUGGUACAUAUAGUACAUAUUUUUUCCCAUAAAAUGGGGUUAGUGUAUGGAACAAGUAUGAGACCAAGAAUAUUAGACAGAGCAGAGAAGUAUUAGUAAAAACCUGAAACAUGAUCAAAAGUGAGUAAACAGAUGUUUGCAAUCAGUUCAGCUUUUUUUAUACUCUUUAAUGUUAACAUAGUUAUAGGAGUAUAAGUGUUAUAUGUUUCUAUUUUUGUGUACAAAAAGCCUCUAUUUUUGCACAAGAGGACAUCAUUUUGGGUGGUGUGUUUUAAGCAGUGUUUGAAAUUACCAUGAGCCCAACUGCCCGAGACGCAUAAAUUUCGCCACAGGUGAACAAGUCUACUUAAAUUGACACCUGGCUGGAUUUUUUCAAAUUUCCACUAAUUGAAAAUUUAUAUUGAUAAAUCUGUCUCAUAUUGACUAAUUGUAUUGGUAGCAAAGUUUAACAAGCCAAGUGACAGAACUUAUCAGUCUAUAUGAAUGGAUCAAACUUAUGCUGUCAGUCCUGUAGUCACAAAAGAGCUGAGAUUGAGAGAGCUUAGGAUUGCAGCUUUCCAGCCACUUGCAGGACAGACAAUGUAACAACUCAUAUGGUUUUAUAUAUAUGUAACAAAAAAUUUUUGAAGCAAGGCCAUACUUUUCUUGAGCUGAAAGGUCUUUGGGCUGACAAGUUUUAUCAGCAGUCACACCUGCAUGUGUGUCUAGCUAAUUUUACAGUGAGUUUCAAUCACUGAUUUUUAGUAACUUGUUAAGGCCAGAAAGUUAAAUGUUGUGUUCAUACUGUUAUAUGAUUUUUUUUUAUCCACCUUUUACAUAAUUACAUGGAGUGUAUCCAUGACCCUCUUAUAACAGGUGUCAAACACUUCUCACUUUAUGAAAGUUUUUAUGUUAUUGAAAACCAGAUUCAAGUCAUUUACAGAAUGUUAACAAAAGUAAAUAAUUGUUAUUUAGUUUAGGUAAAUCUAGUUCCGAGGACAUUGUUUAACAAUUUUAAUCAUUUAUCAUUAGAUUAUUGUUUAACUGAACCAAAUGAGGUCUAUCUGUCACAAUACAGGGUUUAAGGUGUUACCUAGGCAUAUCUUAUUUUUAUAUUGUACACUUAAUUCAUUAUGCAUCAAAAAUCAUUCAGUGUCAUAUUUCUCAGUUAUUAAUUGUUUUACAUUUUUUAAAGUUAGUCUACAGAUACAAUUAUUUUACUUUUGGAUACUAAUGUGCAAUGUGCAUAAUAGUCAUUUAACGAAGAAGUUUUCUUAGCUCAUUCACUUCAUUACAAACUUUAUUUUAAUG